CGACAAGAUUGCAGGCAGAGUGGCCCAGAUGAUACGGCUGGGCACAGGGGCUGCGCCGGCCUCGGCGCCACCUGAGGGCGCACCUAACCUCCAGGGGCUCGCCGGUCAAGAUCAGAGCGCGGCUCCAUCUCACGAAGCAGGCUGGAGCGUGGUCGACGACCCCUGGACGGAGCACGAUCCGUGGCGAGAAGAGUGGAGAGCGAAGGAUGCGCGGGCAGAAGAGGACAAGCUAACACCACCAUCCAUGAGGGCAUCAGACACCUGGAAGGAGUGGAGAGACAGACCCGGGCGACAACAGACCUGGGAUCAAGACUACUCGUGGCAGAGCUGGGGUAGUCAAGGCAGCACGUGGCAGCACGACCGCGGCUGGUGGCAGGGCCAGUGGACCCAACCCAGGCCAGCACCAUCCUGGCCAGGCUGGGAGAGAUUCAGGCUGUGGAAGCAGUACGUGCAGCGCUGGAAGAACGGCCUGAACUUGAGCGAGGCUCAGGCAGCAGACAGACUGCUAGAGAUCCUGCCCUGGGAGAUCCGGGCGACCCUCGAGGACGUCCCGGAUAGCGAGCUGACGGUCGAGCUCAUACUGAAGAGGAUGGGCCUCAAGUCCGGUGAGCGCGAGGACGACGACCUCUACCGGACGGGCAGCGAGGCCAUGCAGGACACGGAGAGGAAGAAGGAUGAGGACCUGCACACCUUCGCAGAGCGACGCCGACGCCAAUUUGACAAGGCGAAGAGCAUCGGGAUGGAGAUCCCACAGAAGAUCCAGGGCAUGCUGCUGAUGCAAGGAGCUCGUCUCAACGAGCAGGGCAGACAGAACCUCAAGAGCCUGACGAAGGGCUCGAUGCUAGGCGAGGACAUCCUCUGGGCGCUGCCCAAGCUGGACACCGGAGGAAAGAUCUGGAGCGACGGCAAGCAAUCAUCACUAUUGAGUAUGGGACCGGAGGAGGCACUGCCAACUCCCGAGGUCCAGCGGGCAGAGACCGGGCCGGUCGAGGAGCCGAUCUACGAGUGGUCGUACUGGGCCGACGAGCUGGACUCGGAGGACGAGGCCAUGGUUCUCGUCGAGCUCUCCGAGAAGGGCCUCGCGGAGCCAGAGGUGGUCGAGACCUUGGCACAGAUCGGCAAGACCAAGAAGACGUGGAAGGAGAACCAGCAGCUGAAGACUGCGCUCAAGCGGGAUCGGGGCUUCUGGAAGAAGAAGCGCCGGCUCACCCCAACACAGCUGAAGUUGAUCACGAAGUGCGGCAACUGUGGAGAAGUAGGGCACUGGCACAAAGAGUGCAAGAAUCCUCAUCGUCCCAGAGAGCGAGAUGGCAAGGGCAAAUCUCGGUCUGGAGGGGCCGAGAUCGAGGCCUUCACGUUCACAGCGAUCGGCGCGGGCGACGACCAGGACUUCAACAUCGACGGCAUCACGGUCCUGGGCAGGGAGGUGCUGGCGACCCUCAGGGAGAUCGUCAGCUCGGAGACUACGGAGCUCUCGCUGCUGAUUCUCGAGGGCGGCCUGAUCAUCGUGGACAGCGGUGCCUCUCAGGCUAUCAUAGGCCGCCGGGCUUUGAAGGAGCUCGAGGGAGAUCUGCAGCAACGAGGCCUGCGGAUCAACUGGAUCGAGAAGAGCGUCCAGACACCUCGGGGUAUCGGCGGAUCGGCCACGCUGGUCGGAGUCGCCGUGGUGCCCAUCUCCAUCGGUGGCAAGAGCGGGACCAUCGAGUUCGUGGUGACGAAGGAGGACCUGCCGCCACUCUUACCAGGCGGGUUUCUCGAGCAGUUCGGCGCUGCGCUGGACUACGAGAAGGAACUUCUCAUUUUGAAGAAGUUGGACUGUGAGACUGAGCUCCACCGGAUCGGGAAGAACCAUCGGGGGAUCUACAUCAACGACUGGCGCGGGACGGAGAGCAGCUUCUCUCCCAGCUCGCGUGCCUUGCCAGCUGGACUCAGCUCGGACGCCUUCCGAAUCCGCCUCAAGUCGAUGCGGGACCGCCCAGACUUGGACAUCUCAGAGAGGGUCAAGAUCCAGUGGAUCAGGCUGCUGCAUGCCGGACUGAUGUGGACACAGACCCUCAUGGACAAGUUCUUUGCUCUGAACAGGCGCGGGAGACUCUUCCCGGGAAAGGAGCUCCGUCGGAGGAUGGUGGAGGACCCCAGGCUGGUGAACGACCUCUACGAGUACCGGGUUCCGAUGACGGCUCCCUUGGCGGACGGGUCGGUGCCUUGGACGCUCUGUGUGCACCGCCCCAGGUGGUUCGUGACCUCCCACAACCAGUACGGGAACUGGGAGCAGUGCAACAAGUGCAAGGUGAGGACGUCCUAUCGAGAGAUCGGGCACCGCGGGGACGGCCACCGACAGAUGACGGCAUCGGAGAUGAGGAAGCUCAAGCAGCAGCUCCCGCGCGACGUCAGGCCCCUGAGCUCGGCAGGCUCGGCGAUGCGGGAGGGCGCAGCUCCGGCUCCGAGUCGACGCGUGGCGUCGGCGCCGAACGACGAGAACACCUGGUCGAGCUUCAACCAGGAGCCCCCGCCACCGUGGGCAUCAGAGAUGGUGCGAGGCCUGUCGGCAGCAGUGGCCGAGGCGAUGGCGGCAUCCACGGGGCCGAUGACAGCAGCGAUACGCGAGCAGUCCGUGACGCUCUCGCACAUGGUGGCCACGAUGCAGCAGAUGGCGUCAGAGUCUCCAGCAGCAGGCGGGAGUGCGGACUCCAGCUCGCCGACACCGCCAACCGGUCCGCCACCGACGACCACCGGGGUAUUGCCAAACCUCGGGUUCACCAUGGUGGAGGAGGUCCCGGCCAGCGCUGUUCUGGAGCAGGCCAGGGCCAACGGCCGGUGCUACCGGAUCGAUCAGGAGAGCUACCUGUCUAUCACGACGCUACGCGGCUCCGAGCUACAUCACGACUCCGACGACACGCUAGCUAAUCUAACGGGCCUGGACAACUACACUCACCAGUUCAAGGGACCACCACCACCAGAGGCCACCAUGACUCCCAUCAGCUCCGAGGGUAACGCGUCUCCCGUGACCAUAGCACCAGCAGGCUCCAACGAGGUUCCAGGCCACCAAGGGGGCUCUCGGGACUCCAACAUGGGCUCCAACAACAUCGAGGCUCCAGAGGUACUGUGGCUCAAGCAGUUGCUGAGCCUCCUGCGCCGCCACCGGGACUGCGACCUCCGACCCAGGAGUCAGAUCCUGCUCCAGCGGACCCGGCAGGAGCUCUCGGACAGGGCGGUGCUGUCUCAGCCGCAGCCGGACGACCUGGAGAUCAAGCGAGCCAGGCUGGAUCCUGACACACUCCGGUCCGCGACCGGAGGGGCUCCUACCGACGAACAGCUCAGGGGUUCUGGCCUACCGACACCCAUGGAGCUCUUGCCAAGGGCCGAGGGUCGGGUUCGCACCCAAAUCCAGGAGUUCGAGAACUGGCGGUCUCAGCAGAGCAGCGCUGCAGCCUCUUCUCAGGCCGGGCCCCUGGAGACGGGGUCGGAGACCCCGAUGGACGAGACCGGCUUCAGCGCUCUCGAGGGCUACUGCAAGGUGCUGGACUCUUGGUUCGAGGACUCCGGCUGGAGCGGGGACGUCGAGACCUACAUGAACGGCCGGAAGGAUCUGAUCUUCGAGUGCUCAGAGGACAGCGCCGGGCAGUGGUCUCUGCUCUCCUCACGCGGUGGGGAGGUCAAGCUCAAGGAUCUCUCGGCCCAGGAGCUCGAGGAUUUCCGACGAUCGGACGAGGCCGAGUGGGGCGUACUCAACAAGCCUAACGUGCUGCGGAUCCUCAGCAAGGAGGAGUCCACUCAUGUGCUUCGCACCCGGCCAGAGCGGGUGCUAUCGUCCAGGAUGGUACGACGAUGGAAGGCCCAGGAGGGUACGUUUAGUGCCCCAAAGGCCAAGAGCAGAUGGUGCGUGCACGGUUUUGCAGAUCCUGACACUGAGCAUCUAGUGACGUAUUCUCCUACGCCUCAGUCCGAGGCCAUGAUGCUUUUCGGGCUGGUACUCUUGGGCCAUGGCAUGGACCAGAGUAUAGUGGACUGCAAGAACGCAUUCAGUCAGUCGAGGCGACUCCGCAGGGCUGGUGGACCCAUCUACGUGGCUCCCUGUGAGGGGCUCACUGGCAUUCACGUUCCCGACGGGUGCCUUAUUGAGCUACAUGUCGCCGUCUAUGGUCUAGACGACGCCCCUUGGGAAUGGCACGCCACGAUCACCUCCUACCUACGCGACCUUGGCUUCAAGAAGUUGCUGAUGGAGCCAUGCUACUGGACUCUCCGGGAGCAGGGCGCCCUGAAGGCUCAGGUCCUGAUAGAGGUGGACGACCUUUGGCUGGGUACAGUUGCCUCCCACACGAGGUGGUUGGCCGACUCUCUCAAGGCCAGGUUCACCUUCGGCAAGUGGAGAGGCGACGAGGCCGAGUUUGCAGGACGCCGCAUCAGGAAGGAGGCUCACCGCAUUCGCCUGGACCAGGAGAAGUACAUAUUGGAGGAGAUUCAUCCGAUUGUCUUGGAGAAGGGCCGCCGCUCCAAGAGACAAGAGCCUCUGAGCCGCUCAGAGUUCGAGCAGCUCCGAUCCGGCAUCUACCGGAUCAACUGGGUGGCGAAGGAGACCCGUCCCGAGGUGGCGGGUACGGCUUCCAUACUCGCCAGCAAGCUGGAGCAGGCGGUGGUGGAGGACAUCGUUGUUUUCAAUCGGGCCGUCCAGAUGCUGCGUGACACCGCCUCGCAGUACCUGACCAUCUGGCGCCACGACCUAUCGCAGGUGGUGAGUUUUACUUUGAGCGACGCGGCGGGGAUUGGCACGGACUCACCCAUACAGUGUGCCUGGGCUGUGGGAGUGGCUGACCCUCAGCUGGCCGCCGGACUGACCAGCAAGGUGACGAUGCUUUCCUGGAGAUCCUCCAAGAUGCGUCGAGCUGCCAACUCAUCCCUGGCCGGUGAGGCCAACUCUCUCUGCCAGUCUCUUGGAGAAGCCGACUGGAUCCAGCUGCUACUUCGUGACGUUUGCUUUGGGGACGUUCCUACUGCCGACUGGCGACAGCACGCAGGCCCCUACGUGUCGGUGUUACGUGACAACUGCGAGUUGCACCGACCCCUGCCUGGAGUUCAUGCCACGGACGCCAAGUCCAUCUUCGACUGUCUCUCCAAGAACUGUGCUGGCCGGAAGGAGGACCGCAGGACUUCCGUGGACCUCGCAAUUGCUCGUGACUCUUUCUCCCAGCGGGGCUCGUGCGUGAAGUGGUUUCCUCACCUGCUCAAUCCCACUGAUGUGAUGACCAAGGCUGAUGUGUCCAAGGGGUCCGAUGCCAUGGGUCACAUGAUUCGCCGUGGGACUUUGACGUUGAGUGAUGCUGAGUCGGAGAGGGCUCACCUCUUGGCCGGUGGUGAGAAGGGCCGGCGCAGUCGAGAGGCCAGCCGCCGCUAUCUACAGGAUCGCGAGCGCCGCCUCGAGGAGUCAGGUCGACAGUAA